AUGUUGUAUGCAGUUUCUCCAUUGAGUCCCUUUACGAGCAGCAGCAGCAGCAGCAGCAUCUGUUACCCUAGAAUCAAUUUUCAUCAAAAGCGUUUAGCUUCAACGAGGCUUAAUAAGGCCUCGGCCUCAGCGGGUCCCAAUGGAGUGAAGAUCGAGUACACUCCAUGGCUGAUUGUUGGCUUGGGCAACCCUGGAAACAAAUAUCAUGGAACUCGACAUAACGUUGGGUUUGAAAUGAUAGAUCGUAUCUCUCAAGAAGAAGGCAUUUUGAUGAACACUAUACAAUCAAAAUCAUUGAUUGGCAUAGGUGCUUGA